AUGUCAACUCAAACCGCACUAAGCAUUCUUUUCACCCAUACCCAGCCACAGCAGGGUUUUCGGUUGCUGGAGCUCCCACCAGAUCUGGAAGAGCUAUUGACAUCAAAGGAUGCACCCUUGCUCGAGCUCAAGUCGCCCUCAUUCGCCCUCGCACAAGCAGUGAAAGACCCAAGUGCGCAGGAAUACGUCAAUCUAUGCACCCCAACAAAAACCUACCGCAUUCGCCAAGUCCACUCUUCGAAUUCAAUCCAUAUUAUCCAACCAAGCCAUGGCGAAAUCUCCCAGGAAGAUAUCAAAGUCGUUGAAGAGGAGGCUGGGGAGGGUGGUGGGUUGAAUCUACCCGACGAGGCAGUCACAGCUAUCGCGAAGUGCGGAUCAACACUGGAAUUGCACGUGCCGGAAGGAGGAUUCUCGGCCAUCAAGUUUCUCGAAAAGGCCUUACGACUAUAUGACCCCCGAAGCGGCGAUGAUGAUGGCGACAUGACUAUGGGCGAGAACGCUUCAGAGGGGGUUUUGAGUGUGACGCAGCACAGAGAAUUGAGAGACCAGGUUUGUGCGGAUAUUCCUGUGUCUGCGGCGCAGUGUGAGGCAGGAUGGUUGGAGCUUUGUGCGUUUGUGUAUGGAAAGCAGGAGGUUUCUUGCUGGAGACCUUCAGCGCGCAUGCGCUUGAAUGUGUGGAAACGCUUCGUCGAGGGUGCUUUGUUGCAAGGGAUUGAUCUGGAGAAGCAGUUCCUCGUCGGUGAUCUGUGGAAGUCGGUGCUUGAUGACGAUUCGGAUCCUCCGUUUCCACGUCCCCUUCUUGAAGCUUUGGUCCGGAGACUUUGUACCGAGGACGAGCGACCUCCUUUGUCCGAGGAGAUCAAAUGGGCAAGCUUUGACAAGAUGCAGUGUAUCCAGUGGGUUGGUGAAAUAUGUCUGGCAGCUACAGCUCCCAUGGCCUCUUCCGCAGUUGGCCGAAGCGACUUUCUUCGAGUAUGGAAGGAUUGCCUUCCUGAAUCAUGGAGGAAUGACGCUACGCUCUCGAAGCUACCAGAGGGCUCAUACCAGAGCCCUGAUCCUUCGGCAAUGUUCUUCGUCGAAUCAUCGCAACGAAAACAGACCAGUAAAGUACCAGCUACUGGAGCUGCAGCUGCCAAAGCUAAAACUACUCGAAAUUGGCAUGAGCUAUUGAAAAAUCAAACGCGCCGCUGA